UCGGGUUAGACGGACGCUGCCUUGGAAACGACAUAAAUCCGGUCCACGCGAGCAGGGACCCAGAUUUCUCCACUUCAAAGGCUUCCGCUCCUCUGCCCGCUCCGCCUCUUCUCCAUCCAACCAUCCAUCCUCCCUCCGGCCCGAGCCUCCAACACGGUCGUUCCGAAAUGAAAUGCGGAGCAGGGUGAGAAGGAGAAACGGUGAGAAGCGUUUAAAUAACCGAGAGAGGAGAAGCGGAGAGGAGAAGGUGACGGGAGAGCCCGAAGCCAGGUAUAGACCAGCAUGCCAUUGGUGAAGAGGAACAUUGAGCCCCGGCACUUGUGCCGUGGAGCGCUGCCAGAUGGGGUGACUAGUGAGCUGGAGUGCGUCACCAACACUACACUGGCAGCCAUCAUCAAGCAGCUGGGCAGUCUAAGUCGUCAUGCUGAGGACAUUUUCGGGGAACUGUUUAACGAAGCCAACAGCUUCUACCUGAGGAUGAGCAGCCUGCAGGAGAGGGUGGACCAGCUGGCUGUGAAAGUCACCCAGCUCGACUCCACUGUGGAGGAAGUUUCUCUGCAGGACAUCAACAUGAGAAAGGCCUUUAAGAGCAGUACCAUUCAGGACCAGCAGGUGGUGUCGAGGACCUCUGUGCCCAACCCUGUGGUGGAGAUGUACCACCGCUGCGACAAACCUCCACCACUUAAUAUUCUCACCCCCUAUAGGGAUGACAAGAAGGACGCCCUGAAGUUUUACACCGACCCCUCCUACUUCUUCAACCUGUGGAAGGAAAAGAUGCUGCAGGCCACUGAGGACAAGCGCAAAGAGAAGAGACGGCAGAAGGGCUGUCCGGCCCACCCUGACAGGCCCCACUCCAGACAGGCCCAACCCAGGAGCCCCCUGUCCAUCUCUGAGCAGCAGAGGCAGGUUGAAGACCCGAGCAGAGAAGUGAAGAAGGUGCGUAAAGCUCGUAACCGACGCCAGGAGUGGAACGUCCUGGCCUACGACAAAGAGUUCAGACCAGACGCCAGGCUCGCCCCCUCCCCUUACCACGGCAUGUCCUCUGAAGGCUCACUGUCCCCAGAUAGCAGAUCAAUGGCGUCCGACUCCUACCCAGCCAGCCCCAACCACCCCUCCACCCAGGCCUCCAGCACUGCCCACCCCGCCGACCACCACACCAGGGAUCACCUCAGUGCCGCGGCCCAGACGCAGUCACUGGAUCGGGGCCUGAGGCCGGCCAACCAGCCCCCGGGAGCGGGCGGUGCUGCGGCAACAGGUCGGCACGUGGCCUCCCUGGGCCGAACCCCCUCGGGACACGGCGUCCAGGCCGGAGGAGAUCCGACAGUCAACGGGCCGAGGCAGCAGUCGGUUAAGGACUACCGCGCCGCACACGGAGGGCAGCCCUCCACCAUCCCCGAGUACUACAUCCCGCCGGCCCCUCCCCCACCCCCACUAACCAUCCCUUCUGCCCAGACCGCCUUCGACUCCACCAACGCCCCGCCCUCCGCCACCUCCGCUGUCCCCCCGACCUCCUCCGCCCUCUCCCGUCCCUACUCACCCUCUCCUCCUCCUCCCCCAGCCAACUUGCCCUCCCCCUCCCACCCGCCUUCAGGCGCACCCCCGGCCGCCCCUCCUCCUCCUCCUCCGGGAGCCCCCUUGGGCCACCAGGCCCACCCGUCACCCCCGCACGCCGCUAUCGGUCAGUCAGCUGUGGACGCGGCACCCUCGACGAGGAAGUCCACCAUGCUGGGGAUGAUCCCCAUGAGCGACGCCCGCUCCGACCUGUUGGCGGCCAUACGUAGAGGUAUCCAGCUGAGGAAGGUGCAGGAGCAGAGGGAGCAGGAGGCAAAGAGGGAGCCCGUUGGUAACGACGUGGCCACGAUCCUGUCGCGUCGUAUCGCAGUGGAGUACAGCGAGUCCGACGACGACUCCGAGCUCGACGAGAACGAAUGGUCCGACUAAAAGAAGAAAAAACAAUAGAGAGAUGAAGCGGGGAGAGUUAAAGGGGGAGAAAUGUGACGCUAAGUUGAAACUUAAGGGGUUUGGUUAGUUUUAAUGUUCAUCAUCAACUAAAAAAGUCUGAUUAAAAAAGAAUAUCAGUCAUACAUUUCUCACACACCUGUUUGUGAACUUAAACCAGAGAGGUUUUUGUGUCCAGCCACCCAGGGCGUAUGGCACAGUAACCACACACACUGUUUCAGCCCCACAUCUGCUUAUUUUUAACCUUUAACAACACUCAGUACUCAGCAGCUCCCCCUCCCCUACACGCUCUAUUAGCAAUAUUACAGGCUCUGUGUGCAGGUGGGCCCCUAGUGAGUAUGGGGGCGACGUGUUUACAAAACACAAGGUAUAUAGCACAAGACAAACUAAUUAUAGUGCAAUCUUAACUCCUCUACCAAAUGUUGAGAAAGGAUUUAUGGAAACGAGUAAGGAUAAUCAGGGAAAAUAAAGAAAAAUAGCUUAUUAGCAGAUAACUCGCUAGCUUUCUGGGUCAUGCCUGUUUAUGAAACACGCACACCUUCCUUUGGAGACACUGACCUUUUGAGAGUUUGGCUCAUCUGAACCAGCAUGAGACAGCAGGAGCAGCAUUAUCUCUGUGUAGUGAGCUGUCAUGCAUGCUAACAGGAUGUGGCUAAUGAAGCUGUAGCUAACGGGAGAUAAAAGUGCUCUGCGGAGGGACGUACAGCUGGAGACGCUUGUCUGGAGAGCACCGUUAGUUUAUGAUUCAGUCACAUUGACACAUGCACUCAACAACCCUGCUUUUAUAUUGGAAUAUAACUAGUAUGCAACCAGCUGAGCUGAGUCUCCUAUUGCAAAGAGACGCGUUAUAGACGAGUUGUGCUCUCUGGUGUUUAGAAAUUAGAGGACAGUGAUUUGCAAACCUUUGCCAGUCAGUCUGAGAGUCAAGUGUUCGAGUCAGUCUGCAUUUGUUUGGAGACCGAUUGCCUCCCACCAGGCAACCUGUGCAGUCGAGGUGAAAGCCCAGAAGGUUGGCGGUGCAGCAUUUUGAAGCUCUGGACGACCAGUUAGUUGCUGUAUCUACUUGAAGUCUGUUGGUGAUUGCAAAAAAAAUCCAAUGCAAUUACCAGGUAACCACCUUUUUUUUCUUCUGAGGUUUUUACUCCAGUGUGACUGAGCCACUAGCGUACUAAGGAAAAACUAAUGGGGUUGGAUUAAGUUAC